AUUACCCCAUUUUCCAGCUCUCCCUCGGUCGGGAUUUCGGAUCUGAGAUAUUCACAGGAAAGGACUUUGGUGAAUUAAAAGCGAAGUAUUCGAAGGUUAUACGUUGUAUGGCUACAUCAUUUCACUGGGAUCUACUUUAUCAAAUAAUAUAAUGGAAAUUUGACUAUGAGUGUGGCCUAUCUGAAGACUGACUGAACCAUGGCACAGUUCCCUACCACAUUUGCAGGUCCAGUAUCAGAUGUGUUUAUGAUCUCGUUGGAUGAAAGGGCCAAACAUGAUCAGCAGUUCCACAGUCUUGCCCCUGCUGGAGGGUAUAUCACAGGGGACCAGGCCAGGAACUUCUUUCUCCAGUCUGGACUGCCCCCUCCAAUCCUGGCCCAAAUCUGGGCUCUGGCUGACAUGAACAGUGACGGCCGCAUGGAUAUCUAUGAGUUCUCUCUAGCCAUGAAACUCAUCAAACUGAAACUCCAGGGUCACCCUCUGCCCUCCAGCUUGCCCCCCAGCAUGAACCUCCCGCUGCCCCCGCAGACUGCCUUUGGCAUGCCUCCUAUGGCUUCCAUUGCAGCCGGCCUGCCAGGGGUCCCCCCUCUACCCCUUCCUCCGCUCCUGGUAGGGGUGUCCCCGCCCCUCACCUCCUCGGCCCCGCCUCCCCUGCCCCCACCCAUUUCCAAUGGGGCCCCUCCCACAGGCAUUAUUCAGCCAAUCGCAGUCUUCCCUCAUCCAGGCUCCUCCGUCAACAAGUCCUCGUCGUUCAGCCGCUCCAGUAGCAAGCUCCAGAAGGGCCCGUCUGUGGAGGCUGCUAGUGCUCUGACGCCGCCCCCUGAUUGGGCAGUUCCUCAGUCAUCCAGGCUUAAGUACAGGCAACUCUUCAACUCCCAGGACAAGAUGAUGAGCGGACACCUCACUGGUCCUCAAGCUCGUACUAUUCUCAUGCAAUCCAGUCUUCCUCAGACCCAGCUAGCUUCUAUAUGGAGUUUAUCAGACAUAGACCAGGAUGGCAAGUUGACGGCUGAGGAGUUCAUCCUAGCCAUGCACCUCAUCGACAUGGCCAUGUCGGGGCUCCCCCUCCCCCCCGUCCUCCCCCCAGACUACCUGCCUCCCACCUUCAGGAGAGUACGGAGCGACAGUGUGCAGUCGGACCAGAAAAGCGUCCAGGAGGAGGCUGAGGAGGAAGCUGAGACCAACCAGAAACUACCAGUAACCUUUGAGGACAAGAAGAGGGAGAACUUUGAGCGUGGAAACCUGGAGCUGGAGAAGAGGCGCCAGGCCUUGCUGGAGCUGCAGAGGAAAGAGCAGGAGAGACUGGCCACACUGGAGAGAGAGGAACAGGAAAGGAAGGAGCGAGAGCGAAUGGAGCAGGAGAGGCGGCGGCAGCAGGAGCUGGAGAAACAACUGGAGAAACAGAGGGAGCUGGAGAGACAGCGGGAGGAGGAGCGGCGCAGGGAGAUAGAGAGGAGAGAGGCUGCGAAGCGGGAGUUGGAGCGCCAGCGGCAGCUGGAGUGGGAGCGGCAGCGCCGGCAGGAGCUGCUAACCCAGAGGAACCGUGAGCAGGAAGGCAUCGUCCUGCUGAAGGCCAGGAAGAAAACCCUCGAGUUUGAACUGGAAGCCCUGAACGAUAAGAAGUCCCAGCUGGAGGGGAAACUGCAGGAUGUCCGGUUUAGACUGUCGGCUCAGCGGAGAGAGGUGGAGCAGACCAAUCAGACCAGAGAGACCCGCAUCGCUGAGAUCACUCUGCUGCAACAGCAGCUGCAGGACUCCCAGCAGUGGCUGGGCAGGCUGAUCCCUGACAAACAGUGUCUCAAUGACCAGCUGAAACAGGUUCAGCAGAACAGCCUCCACCGUGACAGUCUAAACUCCCUUCAGAAGGCCGUUGAUCAGAAGGAGUCCAGCAGGCAACAGCUCAAAGACCAGCUGGACUCUGUGGAGAAAGAAACCAGGUCUAAACUUCUGGAGAUAGACGCCUUCAACACUCAGCUAAAGGAGCUAAGGGAAAUUCACUGCCGGCAGCAGAGACAGAAGCAGAAAGAAUCGGAGGGGUAUGCUCACACGCAAACACACCCAUUCUCACACGCACACACACAGAAUGAGAAGAGGUCGGCUGAGCUCCAGGACAUCAGGUGUCCCUCCGAAGAGGUGGGGGCCUGGAGAGGUGAGGGGGGCGCUUUAGCCCCAAAAGUGCCCAGUCCCGGGGGGACGUCCGCGUCACAGGCCUGGCUGAACCGGGUCACCCUGGAGGAGGAGGAGCGGAAGAGAAGGGGGAUGGAGGAGGAAGAGGAGGGUCGCAAGAAGACGUUGGAAGGAGGAGAAGAGAAGGAGGACGAGGGCAUAGCCAACAAGGACGUGCAGGAUAAAGUCAACAAGCUGUUCAGCCAGCAGCCGGACCCCUGGGCCCCCACAGGGAUUGCAGAGCGGGCUCCGGCCCCCGGCCUGUUGGAGCAGAAGGUUCCAGUCACCAGCUUCGACCAGCAGCCCAUGAAGGUGGUCUACUACAGGGCCCUGUAUCCCUUUGACGCACGAAGCCAUGACGAGAUAAGCAUCGCGCCAGGGGACAUUGUUAUGGUUAAAGGGGAGUGGGUGGAUGAGUCCCAAACCGGGGAGCCUGGUUGGCUAGGAGGAGAGCUGAGGGGACGGACUGGAUGGUUUCCGGCCAAUUACGCAGAGAGGAUCCCUGACAGCGAAGCACCAAUCAGCCUGCGUAGCUCUGCCUCCGCCACGCCCACCCCCACCCGGCAGCCUGUAGCCACCCCUCCCCCCGCCCCUGGACAGAGCUCCUCCGCCUCUUCAGUCAGCAGUAACUGGGCCGACUUCAGCACCACCUGGCCCUCCACAACAGCCAACCAGUCAGACAGCGAGGGAUGGGAUGCCUGGCCAACAUCCUCCACCAAUCAGAACCCUUCCCUUAGUGUUCCUUCCGCUCAACUACGCCAGCGUUCCGCCUUCACACCCGCCACCAUGACAUCAGGCUCCUCCCCAUCUCCUGUCCUGGGACAGGGAGAGAAGGUAGAAGGCCUGCAGGCUCAGGCCUUGUAUCCGUGGAGAGCCAAGAAGGACAACCACCUCAACUUCAACAAGAAUGAGGUCAUCACAGUUCUUGAGCAGCAGGACAUGUGGUGGUUAGGGGAACUGCAGUCUGGCCAGAGGGGCUGGUUCCCCAAGAGCUACGUUAAGCUCAUCUCAGCCUCCAUGACUGCCCCGCCCCCCCCAGCAGCCCCUUCCCCGGCCCCCCCACGCAGCAAGACCAGUGAGUCUGGAGCGUCAGAGAGUCCCCCCUGUGGAAAACACCCCUCUCCCUCCCCCACAAAGCUGUCAGAUUCUGGGGAAGAGUAUAUGGCCAUGUAUACCUACGAGAGCAGCGAACAGGGAGACCUCAGCUUCCAGCAGGGCGACGUCGUCUUGGUGACCCGCAAAGAAGGGGAUUGGUGGACCGGCGUGGUCAGCGGCAAGAACGGGGUCUUCCCGUCCAAUUAUGUGAAGCCACGGGACUCCAGCUCUGAGUCGUUGGGUCCGGCAGGGAAAACUGGCAGUCUGGGCAAGAAGCCAGAGAUCGCCCAAGUGAUAGCUCCAUACAGCGCUACCGGGGCUGAACAGCUGACCCUGGCCCCAGGACAGCUCAUCCUGAUCCGGAAGAAGAACCCAGGAGGCUGGUGGGAGGGAGAACUCCAGGCCCGGGGGAAGAAGCGCCAGAUUGGUUGGUUUCCGGCCAAUUAUGUGAAGCUAUUGAGCCCCAGCACCAGCAAGACCACGCCCACGGAACCCCUUCCACCCAAGUUGGCUCCCUCUCACUCAGCUCUGUGUCAGGUGAUCGGCAUGUACGACUACGUGGCCCAAAACGACGACGAGCUGGCCUUCCUGAAGGGUCAGGUGAUCACGGUGAUCAGCAAGGAUGACUGUGAUUGGUGGAAGGGAGAGCUCAAUGGGCGAGAGGGUCUCUUUCCUAGCAACUACGUCAAGCUGACCACGGAUACCGACCCCAGCACUCAGUGGUGCGCUGACCUCCACCUGCUGGACAUGCUGAGCCCCAUGGAGAGGAAGCGGCAGGGCUACACGCAUGAACUCAUUGUCACAGAGGAGAACUACGUCAACGAUCUGCAGCUCGUCACAGAGAUCUUCCAGAAGCCUCUGUUAGAGUGUGAGCUGCUGACGGAAAAGGAGGUGGCCAUGAUCUUUGUCAAUUGGAAGGAACUCAUUAUGUGCAACAUCAAGCUGCUGAAAGCUCUGAGAGUUAGGAAGAAGAUGUCAGGUGACCGAAUGCCGGUGAAGAUGAUUGGUGACAUCCUGACCAAUCAGCUGCCUCACAUGCAGCCAUACAUCAGGUUUUGUUCGUGUCAACUUAACGGAGCUACGCUGAUACAGCAGAAAACUGAUGACAACCCAGAAGUCAAAGACUUCCUUAAGCGGUUAGCCAUGGACCCACGCUGUAAAGGAAUGCCUCUGUCCAGCUUCCUCCUCAAACCCAUGCAGAGAGUCACCCGCUAUCCACUCAUCAUCAAGAAUAUCUUAGAGAACACGCCAGAACCUCAUCCUGACCACAGCCACCUGAAGGCUGCUCUGGAGAAAGCAGAGGAGCUCUGCUCACAGGUGAAUGAAGGAGUACGAGAGAAGGAAAACUCUGACCGACUGGAAUGGAUUCAGGCUCAUGUCCAGUGUGAGGGCCUUUCUGAGCAACUGGUGUUCAACUCGGUGACCAACUGUCUGGGGCCACGGAAGUUCCUCCACAGCGGGAAACUCUUCAAAGCCAAGAGCAGUAAGGAGCUCUACGGCUUCCUGUUUAACGAUUUCCUGCUCCUCACACAAGUGACCAAACCUCUGGGUUUUUCAGCCUCAGACAAGGUUUUCUCCUCCAAAACACACCUGCAGUACCGCAUGUACAAGACCCCAAUCUUCUUGAACGAGGUUCUGGUGAAGCUGCCCACCGAUCCGUCUGGAGACGAGCCUCUCUUCCACAUCUCUCACAUCGACCGAGUCUACACGCUGAGGGCCGAAAGCAUCAACGAGAGGACGGCGUGGGUUCAGAAGAUCAAAGCGGCAUCUGAGUUGUUUAUCGAGACGGAGAAGAAGAAGAGAGAGAAGGCAUAUCUAGUGCGCUCUCAGCGAGCUACGGGGAUCGGCAGACUAAUGGUCAACAUCGUGGAGGGAAUCGAACUCAAACCCUGCCGCUCGCAUGGCAAGAGUAAUCCAUACUGCGAGGUCACCAUGGGGUCCCAGUGCCAUAUCACUAAGACGUUACAGGACACGCUGAAUCCUAAGUGGAACUCCAAUUGUCAGUUCUUCAUCAAGGACCUGGAGCAGGACGUGCUCUGCGUCACGGUUUUUGAACGAGACCAAUUCUCCCCUGACGACUUUCUAGGUAGGACAGAGAUCCGAUUGGCUGAAAUAAAGAAGGACCAGGGUUCCAAGGGACCAAUCACAAAGCGGUUGCUGCUCCACGAGGUACCAACAGGCGAGAUAGUGGUGAGGCUGGACCUCCAGCUGUUUGAAGAACCUUAGCUAAAGCCUGGAGUGGACUUCAGUAGACCGGACCAGACAUGCAGCUUUUGAAGAGAACCCUAUAAUUUGGAUCAGAUUCCAUUUUCAUACCUAAUGUAAAUUGCUGGACAUCCAGGAUAAUGUGUUUGCUCCUCAGAAGGGCUGCUGUGUAACAGAUGGGGUGGACCACAACCAUGCCAAAAUUAAACAUAAAUACAAAAUAAAGAAAGGAUUUUAUUUCACUUAAAAGGGAAAAAAAUCGAUUCACAAAUCAACAAGUAAAGUAUUUUUAAAUGGUUUUUUUUAUCGAUUGUAUUUUAUUGACAGAAUAAAUCUACACAGAAUAAAUAUAUCAUUUAGCAUUUUAUUAAACUUAAUUCCUUUGAUGGACUUCCACUUAAUUUUGGUACGGAUCUGCUUCUGUGUUUCAUUAGCCUGUAUUUGUUUAAGGGAAUGAACACUGCAAUGCAAUAUAAUCCCUUGAUAACCGUGAUUUCACAAGGUAGCAAGCUCACUUACUGGGUAAUAUAAGGCUAAUCUAGGCUGCUUUAUGCAAAAUUAUGCCUCUACCCUAGUUAAGAGGUACAAAAACAUUUCAAGUGGCAACCUAUAUCCAUUUCUUCACAUCUGGGUUAUGGGAGCAGUCCAGAGUUUAGAGAGCCACUGACGGGUGUCCCAGCCCCUUUAAAAGGAAGGGGUAGCCACCAUUUGAAACGUUUUGAAACCCAAUACUUGAUAAAAAUGGUUUGUUGUUCAUACCGAUUUGGAAAAGGAAUUACAUUUAAUUCUGGCCCAUCCAAACAGGUUUAAAUAGAAUAAUGGAGUUCAAUCGGAAAUCCCCCUCUCAUUUUCCAAAAACCCACAAUACCCUGGAGUGUGUGUGUGUGUGUGUGUGUGUGUGUGUGUGUGUGUGUGUGUGUGUGUGUGUGUGUGUGUGUGUGUGUGUGUGUGUGUGUGUGUGUGUGUGUGUGUGUGUGUUAGAAACACUUUAAGAGUAAGAAAGAGGUGUGGUAUACAAAUGAAAGGUAGUGUUCAUUAUUUUUGUUUAUUUUUACAGUUUAACGGUCUAUCAGGUCUAUCUAAGAUUAUAAACAAGGUACUGAAUUUAAAGAAAACAAAAAAAAUAUUUAAAAAUGAUGCUCUGUUUAAGCAAAAUGGCCAAAGCAAUUUAAUAUGUCAGCACCCCCAGAAUCAAUGUUUGGAAUAAUGGCAUGGUUACAUAAUGCAUAUAAUGUUUGAUGACUUGGAUUGAGGUACAGAAAAUAUGUUGUAUUAUUGUUAUUAAUUUUUUUUACGUGUGUCAAGCAAACAAGGGUCAUAGUUUUGCUGGUUUAGGGCGAAGAGUAGAAAGGGGGGGUCAUAAAUGAAACACUUUUAUGACGAAGUAACCAGUAACCAGUAGGCUAGUUUAUGGCACACAGCUGUGCUACUAGAUGCAUAGUCGCAGUUAUGGUCACAACACAUGGUUUGUUUUUAUCGUCCGACAACCCACAUUAAAUUGGCUUCAUGUAUUUAUUUGAUAUUUUUUAUCUGUUAACUGGGCUCAUGACUCUGUAUUUACGCAAAAUGAAUUUUGUUAACACAUAGUGACGAGCCACUGUCCAAUCUACAUCAAGCGAGCCUCAGUAAAUUAUAGGUGUGUGUGUGUGUGUCGGCUGAUGUUAUUCCUUUUUCAAUGAUGAUUGAUUUUUAUGACGAUGACUGGUGGAUGUAACAAACAUACAUCCCAUAACCCCCCCCCCCAUGUCCCUACUAUACUAAAACAAGUCUAAUAUUAUUGUCCACCUGCUAGGUUGUGUAUAAUAACACUGUUAUCUGAGAGUUAAUAUAUGAACACUAUUGGGGGGCCAUGGAGGCAGCCUGCUGGUUAUCACUGUAAGAAGAUGUCUACGUUGUUGUCUCUCAAUGUUCAAAUUAAACUCCAAAUGGACCAAGUCCCUUUGA